ACUAUUAGAAUAAAAAAAGCACACGACUUGUAAACAAUAUCAGCGUAGUAGUACAGCAGCUUAUCUCUGUCUCUGGGCCUUAAGGUGCGAUUUCAAUACACCUACAAUAUAAUCCGACAUAGUGCAGGCGAGCUGACAUUAUUGAACUUGCACCUGAGCUGACUCCUUAUCAGUUCGCUUAUUGAAAAGACAUUCACCCCUUUCUAUUAAUGCUUUGAUAGUGUUGGUGCGAUUGAGCUAUAAAAGCUGCGCUCGGUUCAGUCAGAAAUCAGUUUAAUUCAAACAAUCAACUGAAAAGCUUAAGCAAUGAAUCCUGCUCUAAGUCUAAUCUUCCUCUUCGGCCUAGUGCUUGCCUUUGCGGCAUCUGCCCAGGCACUCACUGACUGCCCUCAUGGUUUCACUGCCUUGGGCGACAAGUGUAUUUUAGUCUCCCGGGAAAAGAAAUCCUGGUAUGACGCCAAUCGUAGAUGUCGCGCUCUGAAGGCCAAUUUGUUGGUAUUCGAUAGCCUUAUGGAUGCUGAUCAGAUGAAGACCUACUUGAAGCGCCAGGGCCUCGAGUUCGACCGUUAUGAGAACGCCCUGUGGACUGCAAUCAAUGAUAUUGGCAGGAAUGGCGAAUUCAUCGUGGAGCACACUGGCAACCCGAUGCCAUUUGACAACUGGGAGAUUGGACAGCCCGAUCGUGCCGGCAAUCAGGAUUGCGUGGCUACUUACGGCGCAAACGAGCUGCGCUAUCACGACUUCCAAUGUGAUUUUAAGCUCAUGUACGUUUGCAUCGGUUGGUAAUUGAGUCCUUGAUGUUGCUCUAGGUAAAUUCAAAUGUAAAUCUGUACAGAAAUAAAGUGUUUAAUGAACAUUGAAA